AUGAGUGAUCCUAAAAAAUGGUUAAGAAGUGAUGGAAGAUAUACUGAAGUACAUACACCUUUCACUAUUAGAGCUAAAGAGCUAAUGGAUAUAUAUAAUGGACUCAAGUUAAAAAAUAUUACUAUUGAUGAAAGAUUAGAUAUAUUAUUAAAUACUAAAUGGACUGUUAAAGAAUGGGAAUGUAAUAUUACUAGAGAAAUUGUUGAGUUAAUUGAUAGAGAAGCUGAUAUGCUAAAUAGGGGAAGGCCUGAAAAUUCUUUAGAAGGGCUAAGGAUUAGAUUGUGUAAUUUAUUCCUUCAAUUUAUUGAAACUCCUGAAUUUAACCCUGAAGCUGCUAGGUUCUAAAAAAUUCCUUAUGAAAUAUUAGUAAGUACUCAAGCUUAUUAGAAUUAAAAAUGA